AUAGCUGUCGACAUCUAUACUAGAAGUUCACGAUUCUUUUCUCAAUGACCACAUUAACUCACCCUCACCUUCUUAACUUCUUUGCUUAAAAUUCUGCCAUUUUUAUGCUUAAAACUUUGCCCAUCUCUCUCUCUCUCUCUCUCUCUCAUUUCUGCUAUUUAAGUCCUUUGGUUUCGGUGGAGAGAGAGGGAGAGAGAAGAUGGGUAGUAAGGGUUGGCUUCAGAAAUCACAGUGGGCGCUGGGCAUGGUGUUUGUAGAGGUGGCGCUGACGGGGCUGCAACUGUUGUCGCGUGUGAUACUGAGUCAAGGGUCUUUCGUUUUUGCUGUGAUUGCUUACAGGCAUUUGGUUGCAGCCAUUUUCGUUGCUCCAUUUGCCUUCUUCAUGGAGAAAGGUAUGGAAAGAAGGAUCAGUUGGGCUGCUUCGUUUUGGAUUUUCACCAACGCCUUAUGCGGGGUGACAAUUGGAAUGGGGUUGUACUACUAUGGGCUGGCAGCUACCUCGGCCACAUAUAGCGUUAGUUUCCUCAAUAUGGCUCCUAUCGUCACCUUCGCCAUGUCUGUGACAGCUGGGAUAGAGAAAUUGGGAUUGAGAAGCAAAGAAGGGAGGUUGAAGAUAGGAGGAGUGAUACUUUGUGUUGGUGGAGCAUUAGUUUUCAGUCUUUACAAGGGAAAGACAUUUCACAUUCGCCCAUCUCUUUCCCAGAACCACCCCAUCAUCAAAGCUUACAGCAACAGUUGGGCUCGUGGUUCACUCAUGCUCCUUGGCAGUUUGUUGAGCGUCUCUUUUUGGUAUGUAUUACAGGUAAGACUGUUCAAAGUAUACCCCUCAAAAUAUUGGGCAACAACGCUAACUUGCGCUGUAGGGUGCUUGCAAUCGACUGUGGUAGGAUUGUUGAUAAAUAGAAGCAAGGCUGCAUGGGAGUUAAGAUGGAAUUUGGAGCUACUUACAAUAAUUUACUCGGGAGCACUGGGCACAGGUGCCAAGUUCUGCAUUGUCUCCUGGGUAAUUACCAAUCAGGGACCAACUUAUCCCCCCAUGUUCGGUCCGUUAUGCCUCAUCUUUGUGGCUUUCUCUGAGUUCCUUUUCUUCGGCCAGGCUAUUAGUAUUGGGACGUUAAUUGGCAUGUUUAUGAUUAUAGUUGGGCUCUAUGCUUUUCUAUGGGGAAGGAUAAAGGAGGCCAAAAAGCUCAUACCAAAAACAACAAAUGGAGGAGACAUGGAGACGGGCUCUGAAUCAACAAAUGGAGGAGACAUCUUCUGAAAUUGAGGGAAAGUGAUUUAUCAUAGCUAGUACACAUGAGAAGGCCUGAUUGAGCUUUAUAUAUGUGCUCUAGAUGCUAAGGUUUGAGAACUAGUUCUGGGUCGUCAGAAAAUACUUCACUUCAAAUUUUGAUGUUUCUGAUUCUGUUAAUUAGUUGACACGUAGGAAAGCCUGCUUUACUCACAAUCAAGCAUUAAUUAUGUAGUUUUGCUAAACAAAAACAUUAGUUGUGUUAUGUAGCAUUGAACCCAUUAAACCCAUAUAACCAAAGAGUUCAUAUCUAGCAA